CAUAUUUCUUCACUUCAUCCACGCAUUUCUCAAUUCUACCGGUUUCAGCUAAAAUUACACACAAACGCUCUCCUUUAAUUACCUUCUGCAAAACAUUUGCUAAGCCUUGAAGGGAUCCACAGGCCAUGUUGGUCUGUCAUCCAGCAAUCAAGAAAUGGUUUUCUGGGCUCGGUAAUUUGACCUUCAAAUGCAAGGAACGCAUUUUCUCCUGGCUUUCAACAGAACUGAGCUGUUUCGGAUCCGGGCUCUUAUUUUCAGUGAUGAAGAGAACUGCUGUGUCUCUGCUCACUUGCAUCUUUGCUUUAGACUUUCUUUUACUUUCCAGGCAAAGGUAUGAUCUUUUGAAUCUAAUACGGAAAAUAUCCCCCUGCUUUCCUUUGAAUUUCCUUGGCACUGUAGGGAGCAACAGUAGGGACAAUAUCAGGAGCCAUUAAAGGACAGACUACAGAAACUGGACUCUUCCGUGGGGCCGGAGUUGGUGCGGUGGCAGGGGCCAUCACGGCGGUCCAGUUAUUGGAACUGAUGGUUAAUGGAGAGCCGUUUUCCAAGGUUGCUCUCAUAUGUAGUCUUGUGAAUGGAAAGAUAUUCAUGGAGUGGGUCAGUCCUGCUGUUCUAAAAGCUUAUCAAUGGCAAAUUAGCAACAUGGAAUCAAAUUUGAGGGAGAUUUCAGACAUUUUUGAGGUCAAUUCCAUCAGGGGAUUAUCGCAUGAAGCUAUCAAUGAUCUACCUACAUGUAACCUUCAUUCUAUAGAGACCACAAAUCCUUCUUGCCAUGAAACAAUCUGUGCAAUUUGCUUGACGGACUUCAAGAACGGAGAUUGUGCACGGAUGCUUCCUAAUUGUGGACAUUCUUUCCACGUAAAUUGCAUAGAUGAAUGGUUAAACAGGAAUGGCACUUGCCCGGUUUGUAGAAGAGAUGUUUGAUUUGAUGGCACUUUGCCCGGAGGAGAUGCAGAGCAGAAACCCAUAAGUGACGUAUUUGAUUGAAUUAGGUAAAUCUCAUCAUACGUACAAUUACUACAUGUUGCAUCAGGCAAUUGAAUGUAAGGAAUUAGUGCAAAAUCCAAUGAUGGUUUAGUAGUAUUAUCUCAUGGUACUAAAAGGCUGUCUGUACCACCAGUAGUAGUGUUUGUUUGCUCUGCUCUAGAAGUACAACUUUUGCACUGCCAAUCUAACUCAGCCUGUGGGCCUUUAUUUGGGCCUUACAUGGCCUUUAUUUGUAUGCUCUUGAGUUUGUAAACUUAACCAGAUUUGGCCCGUAAGAGUAAAA